AUGAGAAAAAGAAGCCAGCGUGGGAGAAGAGCUACGGCGGCUAUAGCCGUCCAGGGCAGUCAGAACCUGAGUGCUGAGGAGAUUCAGGAUGAUCGGGAAGCGCUUGCUCGACCUGAUGAUCAAGCUGAGGCCACCGAGGAUGCAACUGAGGAGCGAAGCUCCACUGGUCCAGGUCCUUCAGGAGACUCCUGGAGUUAUCCGGACUGGUGGUCAAAUGACUGGUGGAGUACCUCUUGGACACCUUCCGAGAAUGCCGACUGGAAUGUGGAAGGCGACUUCACUAUGACCCGAGUGGCACAGGAGCUACACAGCCAGUGGACUGAUGAGGACCUGCGUCGUCGAGAUGCAGCUAAUCGUCACUCCAGCUGGUGGGUGGAUGAGAAUGAAGAGGCCGAGUCUGAGGACUAUGACACUGCCUGGGUUGCCCAGGCUCACCGCAACUUCAAUGACGAGGGCUUCGCACUCCUGGGUGAAGCUGAAGAUGUGGCUCAAGAAGCCCUAGCCAUGAUGGAGCGCGGGCGUCGCACCUUGAAAGAGGCCAGACAGAAACAACAUCAGGUGAGGAUGUCCCGGAAGUACUACCGCACCAACUUCAAGCCCUCUGGAAGCACUUCGGCUGUAGCUUCUGGCACAGAUCAAAAGUGCUUCCGAUGUGGUGGUCCUCACAAGACUUCAUCAUGUCCAAAGGCAAUGGCAACAACGACAGCCUCUUCAGCCGAAGAGCAGGCUGCACCUUUCAUCUGUUUUGCACAAGACCAGAUCACCAAGGACCAUGAGAUUGUGGAGCCCUAUGUCCCGGACGACCACGAGGUGAACUACCUGGAUGCUGGGUUCUCCGAUGCUUGCCCAGAGGCCUUCUUUGAUGUUGCCGACACCAACAGCAUAGGGCCUAUCUCCACUCAGAUGGCCGUCGAACAAGGCAAGGCUGUCGUUGAUGGAGGGGCUACAAAGACCCUUGGCAGCGUGGUGGCCCUCGAGAAGAUCAUUGCCCUCAACAAGUACAAGCAUGGGACUUCUCGUUUGGCCGACCUUGACUUGGAGAACAAGCCUACGUUUGGUUUUGGAAAUUCAUCAAAGAACCAGUGCGUGUCCACAGCCUCACUCGAGGUUCAAGCUGAUGGCAAACCUGGACAAGUACAAGUACAUGCGUUGGAUGCGGGAGCAGGACCUGUGCUGUUCUCCAUUGAGUCCUUACGGGCCUUGGGAGCAAUCAUCGACUUCUCUGAGGACAUGGUCGUCUUCCGCAAGAUCAACCCGUCCAAGAUCAUCAAGAUGGAACGUUCGGCCACUGGCCAUCAGCUGCUGCCCAUGACUCAGGAUUGGUACAGUGAUGCUCGGAGCACUGCACAGCCAGUGCCAAAGGAAUUGGUGGAAGAGCUCCUGAUGACCUUUGGCGAAACAGCUCCAAAACAGUGGAGCAUCAUGGAGAUCGAGAGUCGCCUUUUGGAACUCAAGGAAGCCAACGGGAUGGUCACUCAGAAAGGGAAGGUACGGCCACCGAUGCGCCAUGCCAUGAUCGAACUGAACAAGGCCAGCAAGAAGAAGUCCGACCUUGUGGACUACGUGAACAACAAGCUCAUGGUGAAGACCCGCGGCACCGAGACCAUUCAGGAGCUGCAGCGCUUGGGCACCAAGAAGAUCUACCAGACCACAGCCGCCUCUCCGGAGGACCCUGUGGGGUUCGGGGAACACUGCAGUCUGCAGUACCACGAGCUUCUAGCCCAACACCCACAGUAUGCCAGCUGGGUCGUGAAGACCGCCACCGAGGGGGAAUGCGACUACCGCCUGGCCCGUCUGGCCAAUUGGCUCCAGAGCCCAGAGGCACAGCAUCCGAUGCCGACCUACAAGCAGACCUCCAGCGGCUACAAGAACACAUCGACGCCGGCCAGCGGCUCGAAUGGCAAGACCGAGAACAUGAUGAUGCAGAUGAUGCAGAUGAUGCACGCCCUCAAGGAGGACGUGGACAAUCUGAAAGCCGAGAGGCCUCACAAGAAGGUCGAAGCAUCCAGUGUCUCCGAGAUGACAGAGUCAUCCACAGGCUCUUUUGUGCCGAUCCCACAAUUGAUUUCGAAUGCCUUUGAGGCCCUGCUAUCACACCAGCGCAUAGAGCUGCUGGAAGUGGCAUGUUCGGCCGACAGCGUGCUGUCUCGCACCAUGCAACAAAAAAAAGGUGACGAGGGUGCGGUGGGCAUUUGUGAACAGGCUAUUCAGGGUACCAAGACUCUCAUGAACAAAAUAGCUGAAGAUGACCCAGAAGUCACCGCAGCAGAAGCUUUGGCUGAAGCCACUAGGACCUUUAAUAGCCGAGAACUGAUCCGAGGCUAUUCGCCCAUCCAACAUGCCCUUGGCCGUGCGCCUGAUGCCACCGGGCGACUUUUCCCUUGCGGCCCCAGUGAAUGUCCAGAGCUGCUGGUAGAGAACGCCUCUGGCGAGAUGGAUCGCCAGCUCCAGCGAAUGCAAAGUGCGGAAAAGGCCUUCCUUGAAUGGACGGCAAGCCAGAGACUCCAAAAAGCCAAGAACUCAAAACCCAGAGAUGUCACCAACUAUGAGCCAGGAGACCUAGUGUAUGUGUGGAGAAAGCAAGUGAGCGGCCAAGCAGCCAUUAAAGGUGGCUCGUUUGUGGGGCCAGCCCGCAUCCUGGCGGUGGAGCAACAUCGCUCUCCCGACGGGACCCACAAGCAGGGCAGCUCAAUUUGGUGCGUCAGAGGGAGAAGACUUCUCAAGUGCUCCCCAGAGCAACUACGUCGAGCCUCCGAGCGGGAGGUCCUCUUAGAAGAACUACAUGCCAAACAAUACGAUGACUGGGACUUUGAUAGAGUAGCUCAACAACUUGGAGGGAACGAGUUUCUGGAUGUGUCCACCGAAGCCAACAGGGCGAUCCAGGAGUCCAACUUCCAGGCCUACGCCUUCUACAUCUUCAGGAGCACCCGUGUCACACAGGAAGUGUUUGCAGUCACCGAGUGCACCUUCUGGAUGGAUGAGACCGCGGCCGUGGCCGUGGAGGUUCCCAUGCCAGACACACGUGCUGGAUCUGAACGAGCUCUUCGAGAUCUCCCUUCUUACUUUGCCAGUAGCUUGAAGAAACGGUCAGCAGUUGAAGUCUGUGAGCGUCACCUAUCUGAGGAAGAGCGACAACAGUUCCGAUCUGCAAAGGCCGUGGAAGUGAGUAACUUCAUAGCUGCCAAGGCUUUUGAAGCCCUUCCAGAGAAACUUCGCCCAGCACGCGAACAAGCAGUGAAGAUGCGUUGGAUUCUGACAUGGAAGCAGAAGGAGGAUGGCAGCCGAAAGGCGAAAGCCAGAGCCGUUCUUUUAGGAUACCAAGAUCCCUGCUAUGAACAGAGAGCAACGACUUCUCCAACCACGACUCGCUAG